AUGUUUGAACUUAAACUUCUUCGAAGACCUUUACCUCCAAAGGUGGAAACUGAACUACUUUUACCAAGGAGGAAACACCACAAAGGUGAUGUGACACAUGAGGACAAGUCCAAAGAAAUCCUUGGAGCUGAUAAGGUCCAACUUUCAACAUCGGAAAAGAGCCAACAAAUAUAUUUGUGUUUUCCAGACUAUGACUCUGGAAUCCAAGUUCCAGCCCCUCUUAAAAGAAACUUCAUUAUUCCACUGCAGCCUAGUGGUCCUCCCAGCUUCCCAAUGCAAAAACGUCGUACUCCCAUUCGGUUGCGAAUUCCAGUAAUGGGAAGGCACCCGUUGCAUUUACAAUCAGAUUUUACACUGCAGGGUCUGGCCAUGGUUGCCUCUCUUCAUCAUGGUUCUCUGAAAUCUGCAAUUGUAAAACCAAUGGUUUCCCGUUGCAACUAUGAAGUACUCACUAGCCAGCUGGCUGCUGAAGAGAGACGAGGUCCAAAAGAAGUCAGUACCAUACUGCUGUCAUUGGAUGAGUAUUUGUCUGAUGUUGAACUAAGAAAACCUGAGAGACAGAGGCUGAUAGGUAUCCCAGAGGACCCAGCAGCAGCACCCUCAUUUAGGAAGGGUGUCACAACACUGACAGCUUCCCUCAAAGUGACCAAGCAGCAUUUGGGAGCUGCUGUCAGAGGCAUCAAGAUCCAAAAGAUGCUAGAAGAGGGCAUCCUGCCUGAGGAUAGUAAAAAGAAAAAAAAGAAAAGAGUGACGUAUGCAGAACCAGAAAUGGAAAUGGGUUUUUCUGCAACUCUUGUCUCUGGCAUUGGCUACAAGCCUCAAUUAAGUGAAGAGGAAAUGGAAAGUGAUUUGAAGACAAAGGCUGAAAGGGCAGCUCUCUUUUGCCUGGCAUGUAAAAGAACUGGGCUUAGCCUUAAGGCAUAUUUUCUGAAUCAACUUCCAGACCUUUCACCUCUGGCUGAAUUUUUGGUGUACCUUAACCUGUCAUUUAACAGUUUAUACUUCUUUCCCACAGAGGUAUUUCAGCUUAAACACUUAGAAGUACUAAAGCUCCGAAAUAACCCCAUUAAAUUCAUUCCAGAUGAGAUCAACCAAAUGAAGAGCCUUAAAUACUUGGUUAUGUCCUUCAAUUUGCUGACCAGUCUGCCGUCUGGGCUUUUUACAUUACCAAAUCUUCAGGGCCUUGAUGUUUCUUAUAAUGAAAUUGAAUCUCUCUCUAGUGAUAUUGGAAAUCUCAGAAGCCUUACUUACCUGAGUCUAGAAGGGAAUCUACUGUAUGUGUUGCCCUGUGGGCUUUUGAAACUUCAGCUGAGCUGCCUCAAGGUGGAAAACAACUUCUUACAUGCUUACUUCUGGAGUGAAAUCUGCCAGCUUCAGCCACAACGACUCACCGACAUGGCUGCGCUUUGUUUCGCCAAGCACAAGCUGUGGGACAAAUAUCAUGAGAUUUCAAAGGCCAUUCAAGGGUUAUUGCAGAACGUUACAGUCUGUGAUUGCUGCUUGGGACCCUUGUAUGGAAACGGUCUUCGGUUCCUUCGCAUUUAUAAGAACAUCUAUGGACUCAGACUUCCUUAUCUCUUUCAUGCUUGCUCACCAACCUGCUACAUGGACUAUGUGUCUUUAGCUGCCUCGGAUUGA